UAAAUGGCCUGUCAAAAUGGCGAGCGUACAGAGGGAUCACUGGAGUUAUGUUGUUCUUCAAUGUUUAUUGUUGAAUUUACUCCUUUGUAGAAAUGGUGCUUUUGCAGAUAAAAAUAAGUAUUACCACAUAUCAACUUUGUGCACAAAAGAAAGAAACCUUCAAAUGUAUAAGAAAAUAGAUGGUACAGUGUUAACAUCAGAAGGCGAAGAUAAUUUGUCUUGUGUCCUCACUUUUCAGACUGACACUAUCUUACAGAGAUUUAUGUUGAGAUUUGAAAGAUUAGCCUUGGACUGCAAUGAUCAUCUGUUUAUAUAUGAUGGAGCUCACGCAUUUGGAAACCAUAAGGUAGAUUUGUCUUGCCGCAGUACUAGAGCUGAUGUUGGGACCAUCUUUACUCAGAGUAAUUUUGUUACACUGAAGUAUGUAACAGAUAAAUGGACUCAGCCUGGAAAUGGGUUUAAAUUAGUUAUUACUACAUUUAAAGAUUCCCCUGUAGGCUGUCGUGAUUUUCUGUGUUUAAACAGUUUCUGCAUUACUAAAGAUCUGACAUGUGAUGGUGUUAAUCACUGUGGAGACAAUAGUGAUGAGACAAGCCAUGCCUUUUGUGUAGAUGAUACCUCAGGGACUGAGAUUUUGGGCAUGGCUGUUGGUGCAUUUUCAGCCUUUGUCACCGUUCUGGUUGCCUGUGGUAUUUUUGUUGCUGGAGUAGUUGUCUGCUUGUGCAGAAGAGCUCGUUUACAGAGACAAGAUCUUGAGCUUGAGUCUCAGAACACUUCCACGCAUCCUUUGGUUGCGGGACACCAGCCUUAUCCUACAGUGCCCAGAUACACCAAUUCUCCAGACAGACAAGAAGAAAAGCCCCCACCUUACCCCGGAGGAGGUUAUUCUCCAGGGACUGGUAUCACCUACAAUGUGCACGACGAAGGCCUCUACUACCCCACAAAGUGAAAAUUGGCUUGUUUAAAACCAUGGUUAAUUUCCCUAUGCAUAUUCGUGGGAAGACAAGUUGGAUUGAAAUUGAAUAUUUCGUGUAUGAAUCUAUUUUAAGAUAAUUGCUCAUUUCUAUUGCAAUUCGAAAAGUUUGCUUAUACUAUCAUAUCAUAUGAUGCAAAUGACUUCUUUUUUGUUGCAAGAAUAGAAAUUAGUUAAAUAUUAUGAAUCAAUACUGUAUUUUUUAAUGAAAAGUAUGAAAUAUUUUAGUCAAUACGUUAUAAAUUCAAUUGGUCCUUGGUAAAAAUUAUUUGAAAAUGAAGUUUGAAUAAUAUACAUUGGUAACAGGUAAUAUGUGUUUGUCAUUUGUAGAUAUUAUCUAUUAAUGAUUUAUAAAUCAAUUAUGACUUACACAAUAUUGUGGCAAUCUGUUAUGUUAACUAUAUUGCACUUUACACUAGUAAAACAAAAAAUAACUUGAAG